ACUCCCAUCAUGGCAUCCUGCCAGAAAUUGCAUUCCAGUGUUUACUUCAGGCUGCAGGCUGUUUUUGAAGGAAACAUGGCUGCUGGAGGCACUCUUGGCCAGGAAGAAAUGACUUGCCCCGUUUGCCACCAACCUUUCUUGGACCCAGUGAUUACUGACUGUGGGCACAGUUUUUGCCACGCUUGCCUCAUCCAGUAUUGGAGCGACUCUGAUGGAGCAGGUUCUUGCCCUCAGUGCGGAAAACCUUUUAAAGAAGGCAGCUACACGCGGAACCAUGAGCUAGCAAGGCAUGCAGGGGAAUCCACGAAAUCUAAAGAAGGGGAAGAUGCGAAAAGCAAGACAGGAAUGUGUGAUAAGCUGGAGGAACUCCUGGAAUCCUGUGAGGGUGAUGAUCGAAUGGUUCGAAAGAAAAAGGGAACCAUGAUACCGAAAGGGACGUCCACACUGCUUGUAGUUAUGGAAGAAGACAUUAAGUGCCCUAUUUGCAUAGACUAUUUAACAGACCUUGUGACUCUGGAUUGUGGCCAUAACUUUUGUAAGGCCUGCAUCAACCAUUACUGUGAGAUAUGGAAGGAAAUAGGUCCACCGGAAUGUCCUAUCUGCCGAACAAAGAUCCAGAAAGGGAAUUACCGGCCAAACUGGCUGCUGACCAGCAUUGUAGAAAACUGCAAACGCUGCAAAGGAGCACUGUGUGACAGACACAAGGAAAAACUUCUACUGUUCUGCAAAGAAGACAGAGAAUUGCUAUGUUCCAAGUGUGAACUUUCGCCACAGCACAGCCAGCACUCAGUGGUUCUCCUGGAGCAUAUUGAACAGGGGAUCAGAAGGAACUUGAACAGGUCCAAAGAUGAGGAGGAAGUGGGGCAUGAGUUGGUUAAUCACCCCAACAGUUGCUCACCGAAAAACUUUGCUCUGAUCAAGAUUACAGAAAAAUGGGAAGGAAGUAUAAUUCUGGAUCCAAGCACAGCAUAUCCAUACCUCAUUGUGUCUGAUGACCUGAAAAGCGUGAGAUGGGGAGAUGGAAAGCAGGACGUGCCCACGAGCCUUGAGAGGUUUCACUUUGAUCCCUGUGUCCUGGGCUGCGAGAGAUUUGUUUCAGGAAGACAUCGGUGGGAGGUGGCAGUGGGGAUGGAGGUUAAGGAGGAAGAGGCUGAGUGGGCUGUGGGGGUUGUACGAGAAUCUUUCCAGAGGAAUGCGAAGAGCAGCCUUAGUCCUUAUUGUGGGAUCUGGGCUGUGGGAAAGGAGAGGAAUUCUGGCCAUGGCUCAUUGAGUGACUCUCUUCCGUCCCAUUGCCUCUGGGCUUUUACUUCUCCCAAGUGGACCAUGUUGAGACUGGAACGUCUUCCCAGGAAGAUCAAGGUGUCCCUGGAUUAUGAAAAGGGAGUUGUGGAAUUUUUCGAUGCUGAUUUGGGCAAACCGAUCUUCAAAUUCUGUUCAGCCUUGUUUAAUAGGGAGAUGGUCAUUCCCUAUUUGCGGGUAGAACGUGGUGUCACCCUGAAAUGCUCUUGAGAAGAAAGCCACAUCUCUGCGGCAAUGGGGCAAAUGGUUCUCACGAAUGACUACUGGUUCCUGAACAUGCAUCACUGAAUCUUUUAUCUGUGGGCCAAGAGCUGGGAUGUGUCUUGCCAAAGGCAAGGUGGUUCUUUUAAAGUUCAGAAGCAAUACAAAAUACACAAGUGAGUGAGAAGAUUAAAGGUUUUAUUCCAAAACAAGCGAUGUAUACAUACCAAGCAAGCACUUCAACCUGCCAAUUGGAAGCCCUCAAGAAGCAGUGAAGCAACCCCCCCUCCCCAGGUAGCCUCAGUUGACACAGAGCUUCAGAGAAACUCUGCCCAAACCAUCAGAUUUUAGAUGUUGCAGUGCAAAUAUCCAGAGUGUGGGGUCAGGUGGGAUUACUAGGAGGAAUUAU